GUAGCCCGGCGCCAAAAAAGGAAGGAGAUUUCAUAAAACUCAAAAAAAAAAAAAAAAACCGAAGAGAAAAUGAGAAACUGCCGUACAGUGGCGUUGCGACUUGCGAGCGAGCGGGGAAGCAAAGAAGGAAGGAUGGGUAAAGGACACUGUCACACUGCGGCUAGCAGAUGGUGAAUUCGUGAGAGAAAAAAGCAUGGGGAAGAAAUGAGUCAGACGGAGUUAAUUCUCAAUCCUUCUCGUCACUUUUCCUCUCCGGUUUUCAAUUUGGGUCAGAAUUAGAUAGAUGAAUAAGAAAGGAUUGGCCAUCCUCAUUCAUGCGAGCCAGAAUGAGGGCAGCAGCUGCAGACGGUUCUUCUCCGGCGAGCACCAACACUAAGAUCGCCCUGGCUGCCGCGCCUCUCCCUGUGGCGGUGAGUAACCUAAUCCCCUCUCCUCCCAAUUUCCGGAGCUCGACUUUACUUCUGCUUCUGGUAACUGUAAUUUUUGUAAUCAGAGGGAGAGCGAAGCAAUUCAAUCCCACGGGGAUGGCGAUCAUCUGUACAAGCAACAGGGAAACGCUGCCGCUCCUUCACUUCCUCCUCAGAGGUCUCAGAAAUCUCGACGUUGUUCGAGACGCAAUGCACUCCGCCAUAUCAUCGAGCAAAACUGAACUUCUCGAUGCCGUCCUUCACGAUUUCUCUCAGGGUUACUUUGGCCUCUCUCGUGAUCACCCGUAAGCAGGCUCGUGAACUGAUGGAUCAGCAUCUGGCUGGUGAUGGAGUUGAAUCUGAUUCCCCACGCGAUGAAGCUAUGCUUUCUGCUUUCUAUCGCAUUGAAAGAAACCUCAGACAAGCUCUCAAGCCUGCCUAUGAGGUCCUUUUUGAGAGACUCAACAACCACCCUGGUGGAUUGAGAUUCCUCUCCACCCUUCGUGCUGAUAUCUUGGUCAUUUUUGCAAGACGAAAAUGUUGCAUCUUUGCGGGCUUUAGACACCAGUUUGAAGGAGAAACUUACAACUUGGCUCAGUCCUGUGGCAUUGGAGCUUCACCAAAUUACUUGGGACGAUCCUGCUUCUUUGCUUGAGAAAAUUGUGGCAUAUGAGGUAACUUCCUGUUUAUCCACCUGUUUAUGUAUUCUCUGCUUUCUGCUUCCCCCCUCAAUCAUCAUGGUUCAGUUGUUUGCAGGCUGUACAUCCUAUCAGCUAUCUCUUAGACCUGAAAAGAAGAUUAGGUGUCGGUCGUCGUUGUUUUGGAUAUUUACACCCUGCAAUACCUGGUUAGUGACAGUUCCAUUUUUAUUCUUCUGUCCAUUAUGCAUAAGUGAUCCUCAUUCAGUAUGCUGAGUUAUGAACAAAGCACCUCAAAAUCUAUACCGUGAUCUGUUCCUUUCUCCUUAUCUUUUAUAACAUUUUAAGGUUCUUCUCAACAAAAGACUUGUAAAUAUGCUGGAUGAACCUUUGAAACUAGAGACAAUUUGCAAACAAACGUGCUACUAAUAAUUUUGCCUGUCAGGCGACGGCGUUUAGUCCAUGCAACUUUCUAGAUGUAAGGACUGGGUAGAUAACUUACUUAAAUUUUACUUGUGGCAGCAUCUGUAGCCACACUUGUACUCCUUGAAUAGUGUGUAUUAUUCCUUCUAGGUAACAUGAACUGAAGGAUGUGUCUUUCUCUCACCCUUUUGCUUUUAAAUACUGGUUGUCUAACCUUUGACGUUCUUUCAGGCGAGCCCCUUAUUUUCAUUGAAGUUGCACUGUUGAAGAAUGUGGCUCAAACAAUUCAGGCUAGUUAAAGACACCCCAUGCUAUUUAUUUCAAUUGAUUGUUUUUUAGAUAGCUGAUUUCGGAGGAUUCUAACCCAGGGUGUGGUCAGUGGUGGAUAGUAUCAUUUACAUAUUAUCACUAGGUCACCCCUUAGGUUAUUUCCAAUUUAUCAUUGACGUUUAGUUGUUGAAUAAUGACAGGAAGUUUUGUGGGAUGAUCCUCCUAUUCCAGAAUCUGAGGCCUCGUGUGCAUUAUUUUAUUCCAUAUCAUCAACUCAGGUAAAAAAAGGUUAUUGGUUAUUGUUAUCUGUACCAUCACCUGCUUUCUGCAGUGGACUGUGUGUUUACAGUUACAUGCUUGUAUUGUUGAUGUCGAUUGAAGCUGCUCCUCAUAUCUGUAGUACUGGAGACGAUUCCUUCUAGUAUCUGAUGCCUCAUAUCAGUUGUCUCUGCUCUCUUGCCUACAAGUUUAGUGUUAUUUUCGGGUGUUGUCUUAUGUACUAUCUUAUGCACUUUGUUGGUAGAGAAUGUAACGACUAAUCUACUGGUCUUCAGAACUUCUGUACGAGGUUGGACUUCCGAAUUUUAAUGGAAAUUGCCGGCUUAGUAUUUCAAACACAUAGUAUGAAUUGAUAUGUCCAUUUCAAAUGAAACCUUGUUGAUGAA